AUGGCGAGCACUUUCAUGUACAGCACGGUGUGGAAGUUUCUUGAGCCUGACGAGCUGAUCACCAUGUUCGACGAAAUGGUUCAAGACGCCAAUGCCAGAUGCACAUACAUGUCGGACAAGCAGGCUUACUUCAAGUUCGUGGACUUGUGCAACGACUACAUUGACCAGCACCAGGGCGGUCCUCAGGAUGCCAUGAGCGACCCCAAGAUCUCUCGCCCGGCCGAGACGGGUGGAAACGCAAAUGCCGAAGACGAGCUUGACGAGCUGCUGAGGGAAGACGACAUUUCGCUUGACGAACCUCUCAUUGAUGUCGGCGGUUCUUCGUCCGAUCACGAAGACGAGAACAAGCCCCUCUGGAGUCCCAAGAAUCCUAGCACGAACAUCGCCCUUGUUCUACCAGACCGAGUUUUGCAGGAGGUUGCCCAGGACACUGCGUGCUCCUUGGAAAUGAGUGUCGAGAAGGCGUGCGUCUCGAUCGCCGACGCAACUGCUAGCAAGGUCCAAACUGUCACCAAGAAGCUGGACAACAUUGAGCGGAACUCGCUCCAUCGUCUGCAGCACCUGAAAGAUGGAACCCUGUUGCAAACACUGACUCCGGACGAAAAGAGAACCAGAGACAUGCUGCCUCGUCAACGUGUGGUGCGCUUGAUGCGUCCCGAUGUCAACGAUCGACUGCGGGUCUUCAGUACCCAGCCUUCCAACUACGCUCACGACGCAGCACUGGUCCAGACAUGGGCGGUCAUGCCACUUCCGCAUUUCACCAGAGAAGGCAUGCACGANCCCCUAGUGACCUUCGUUGACAACUCCGUCGAGGAGUGGGUGCAGGGUACCAUUGAUUCUGCGCCUGAGGAUGGCGAUCUGUUGAGUGGCGGUAUCGAGACUCUUGAUCUCGGUAAGGCCAAUGAAGCACUCAGACCCAUACCAGCACCCCUUAGACAGCACGCUGAGCGUCCUGUUCAGGAUCUUGGAGUCAAGUUUCCUUAUCGACUACGAGGGCCGUCCNNACCAUCCCCAUCCCAAGCUAGCCACCUUGAGAAUCCCAUCUACGCCCCUGCUCCUAGCUCUGUCGAUCUUGGUUUCGCCGUUUCAUCAGGCCCUGUCGAGUCGUUGCAGUCUAGGAUGGCAUCUGGAAUUAGAUUCGCAGAUAGGCUGCCCAGAGCACCAUGGGACGUCACCACUGCACACCCAGCUCCGGUCGAAUACAUUGCGCAACCUGUGACAGGCUAUGUCGGAAACGAUGACACUGAACCAUUCCCUCCUCUUGGGACAAAGGCUCCCCGACCUCGUGUACAACAAUUGCAGUCAUUGAGAUCAUCCACUCCUGUUGCACCACCUGGACUAUCGACUCAGCCAGGCCAAUAUUCGCAAGUGGCUUUGGCCGCUGAGCCUGACGAGCCCAUCGACUUCAGUGAGAGAAUCCAGAUCGAAGAUGAAGUCGCCAGUCGACGCUAUUUCAACACGACGGCUCAUCGCAAACCCAAGUCCAAGGUCAAGGGAAAGUCCAGCAACCCAUCCUUUAAGGUGGAGCUUGAUCUUCCGGACUGGGACCCUAGGCUGACCAAGCUACCCAGUAAACCUGACCAGAGCCAACCAAAGGCAUAUCUUAUUCAUGCGACUCCAGCUCCUCAGGCAAAGCCUCUAGUUCUGCCAGAGUGCAGUAACGAUCUAUUACAGAUUCUGGACUGUGCCAGAGCAUACAGAGGACAUCUAGACAUGGAGAUCUCCAUCGGCCGCAUUCUAAUUGAAGGCUUGAGGGAGCCCGAAGCAAAGGAAUUUGCUGCCUCCAGGCCCAUGUCUUCCAAGCGUAUGGCAGCAGGUAUUAAGGAAUACCUCUCUUCGGAUCAGGGAUCAGCUCUUCACUUCAUCGAGAGGCUGACCUCAUCCACUGUCGAGGCGUGCCAGAUCCCAACUCCACAACUGUUUCAUCAGGAUACUGUCGAAGAACAUUGGUAUGAGUUCCACUGCGAGGACAAAUAUCAGAACCGCCUCAUCGUCAAAGUCAAGGGUCCUGACGAUACACAAGUCGAACUCGUUCCUACUACAAUCGGUCAAGCAUUCUUCCACUAUCCAAAGCGAAGGUGGGAUGCUUGCUUUGCUGUCAAAGGCCGAAAGCCAUAUACGCACCGCAAGGCAGUUAUGGAGUUCUUGGAGAAGCUAUCGGCUGAAGUUCGUAACUCCAAAGACGGUCGUCUUGUCGAUCUACGCUUCCUGGUGACCAGUGACCUGAAGAUUGAGAGCGCCUACACUAAGAAGCGUCUUUCGUUCCGUCACAUUCAUAACGACCGCAUCACACUGCACCUCACGGAGGUACAAGAUCUGUUCAGAGGUUGGAUGAGGGACAACACCUCGCUUCAUCAAUUCGCGUCUCGGGAGAAGACUGAGAUGAUCGCAUCUGGACGGUUUUGGUUCGAGGCAAACCUUUCAGUCUCAUCGAAGUCUUUCUUCGACCAGAAUCUGGUUACGAAGACGGGUGAUGAUGCCGCUUGGAACGCAAAGGAUGUGCUUGAUGAUAAGAUGCUGUCGAAUGUCCAGGACGUCAUUGAUCGUGUUGUCAUUCGUAUGGAUGGUGUCGGUGUGCAGAACAAGGGAUGGCGUGGUAGCGAGGAAGACAUGGCUGAGCUGGAAGAAUGGGAGCAAAGCAACAAGACGCAGGGUCGCGCUGACUACUGGUGA